AAAAGCAUUGGAUGAUAAAUAGGUCUAUUUGUUUUAAAAAUGCAAAACAUGGAAAUAAAUGUAUCCAAAUUAAAAUAAUUUUUACACAUAAAUAAUUAUUUUUGUACAAUAAUAUUAUAUAAUAAAGAAAUAUUAUACGGGAAUAAAAGUGACAACAAUAUACAUAAUAUGUGUAAUAUAAGUGUAAUAUAGAAAAUAAUGGGAGGGAGAGAGGAUUCUGUAUGCUCUAAUUUAUCAUGGCAUCUAGCGUACUUAACCUGCAAGUGACAGUCAUCGGACACCUGUCCAACGGUUCGGUUGUAUACGUUUCUUCUUUCAUAUUUCAAAUUAACAAAAUUGUAGUUUCAUGUAUGCUUGAAAUUUAAUUAGCAAUGCAUCGGUCCGUACUUGUCGCAUUCGACUUUGAUCAUACGAUCGCCAAUGAUAAUACUGAUGUCGUGGCUCGAAAGCUGUUACCCAAGGAAAAAUUACCAGACAGCGUUAAGGAUUUAUAUCGUUCUAGCGGUUGGAUCCCAUACAUGGGGAAGAUAUUUGAAUUGCUACAUAGCAAUUCUAUUGAUGUAAAACAAAUUAAAAAUGCUGUCGUUAAUAUACCUCCAGUGCCGGGUAUUGAUAAACUUUUAAGAGAACUACAUUCUCGUGGUUGUGAAAUUAUUAUUAUUAGCGAUUCAAAUACAUUAUUUAUUAGCGAGUGGUUGCAAAGUAAAAAUUUAAAUCAUGUUAUCACUGAAACAUUUACAAAUCCCGCGAAAAUCGGUGACGACGGUAUGAUAAGGGUAGAUAUGUAUCAUAUUCAAAAUUCUUGUAAAUUAAGCACCGUCAAUUUAUGCAAAGGAGAAAUUUUAGAAAGUUAUAUUAAAAAAAGGAACGACGAAGGAAUACAUUUUGAUAGAGUGGUGUAUGUUGGUGAUGGAAAAAAUGAUUUAUGUCCGAUUUUACGACUUUCUGAACGCGAUUUAGCAUUUCCACGGAAAGAUUAUAUGCUAGUAAAGAUAUUAAAUGAUAGUAAAAAUUAUGAAGUGCCGAAAAUACAAGCUGCUGUUUUCCCAUGGAAUGAUGGUAUUCAAAUCUUGAACAAAUUAGAAGAAGAAAUUGGUCUUUCUCAAUCUUCUAUGUAAUUUUAAUAAAUAAUAAAUUACCUACUACAGAGAAAUAAGUAUGCGAGAAUUAAUGAUUACAGUGCUAUAGUCACUAACGAUAAGUGUAAGUAUAGUAUGUAUGUACUCGUAUGUAUUGCAUGUAAUUCAUUCAUUCAAGCCAUUUUUGAUUAAUAGAUAAUGUUAAAUAUAAUAACGAAUAGGAACAAAUGUUUGCAAGAACAAUAAACUGAUAUUGAAUUAUAUUUAAAUGAAA